ACCAGCACAACCGCGGCCACCCAGAAAGCAUGCAGCUACAACAACAACAGCAACAGUCACGGCAGCAGCAGCAGCGAGGUGCUGGUGGUCGCAACAACAGGGACCGCAGAGGAGGCAACCGCCACUCUGUGCCCUCCACUUCAGGCAUCCAACUCCCUCCUCCCGCCUCAGGUAACAGAAGAAACAGCCGCGGGGCGUCAAGUUCUCCUGCAGGAGGAGUCUCUGCCAAUCCUCGAGUUUCCAAUCUUGCGCCCCCCAUACUAGUGGCGCCCAGCAUAUCGCCGCCCAGUUUAAUGGGACCCAAUUUAUCGCCACCCAACUUGGUAGGCUUCAGUACGGACGACCCUCCACCGCCGUACCCUGGCGUGCCGUCCGCUGGUCCUCCUCCUGCCAUCCCUGCCGCCGCCGCCGCUGCUGCUGCGCCCCCCACGAGACAUGGAUACGGCGAAGGGCGCGGCCACUACAACAGACCCAAGGGAGCUGCCCGAAGACAGGAUAAUGACGGCAAAGCUAAAAAGUAGCUCCCAACCGCACCUGCGCCGUCCGCUCCACCAUUGGAGUAAACAACUGCGGCGAGGUGCUGGUAUCGCUUCAUCUUCAUUGGCACUUCACCGUGACGUCUGCUGCUGUGUGGUGGACGUUUUAAACGUCCCCUACUUUUUAAUGGACGUCAUCAACGUCGGCUACUAUCAGAAGGACGUCUUGAACGUGGCUGUUGUUUGGUGGACGUCAUAAACGUUGGCUACUAUCAGAAGGACGUCUUGAACGUGGCCGUUGUUUGAUGGACGUCUUAAACGUCGGCUACUGUUUGGUCAACGUCUGCCGUCAAGUGCUUAAGACUAUACGCUUGAACAGAACCGUUUAUGUUAUUCUCACCUCACUCCCCUCCUAAUAUGUUUUAAAUAAGUGCUGUUUGUAGACUAAUUUUAAGGAAUGCCAUUAUUUCAUGAUCAGGUUUAUUAACUAUUAGUUAUUUAGUUCUGGCGUCAUGUUCGUACAGUAUUAUUUUAACAAUGUCUUUCCAUUAAAGGAGAGAUUAGUUGUGUGAUCGCGCCAGUCAUCUGACGCGCCAGUACUUCCCACCAGUCAUCUGACGUUGAAUCAAAAGUUGUUUCGUUGAAUCAACGUUUAGUAAAGUUUUUUGAGUUUCAUUCAUAAAUUAUAACGUCAUUUGCCUGGUGGGUUCUCAUUAGUUUGAUCUGAAUUGGUUCGAUCAUGCUUCAUCAUUGAAUGAGCAAUACAAAUGAAGUAUUGCAUUUUCAGCAAUGUUGUAAAUGUGGACUGUAUGCGCAUUAACUUAUUGCUAGAGCAUUGAAGGCAAUGGUACGGGGCAAUAGUUACGUUGCUUUCGCAAGUUAAUAUCGAAGACCAAUGUUUCUGUCUUAAUUGUUUAAUUUGUUGUGGAAGCAAAUCAUCUGAUAUGUUGUUUACAAAAUCAACUUAUACGAUCGUGACUCGAAGUGCGUCUGUUGGGAAAAAAGUAUGUCGAUCUUUUAUCAACGUCCUGUCAAUUCUCACUAAAAUGGUGUAAAUCAAACCUGCCAAGCUGUGCAUGGAUGUUGGAAUAAAAAAUUGUUGUAACGUAUAUGCUGAAUGCUCUUCUUUUCAAAUUGAACAAAUCUUAAACCCUUGAAGUGUAAUACCAACUCCCACUCCUGACCGCGUUUUAGCAGGAACCGAUUGGUUGCCAAGAUUGUGAAGUGAUAUUUUACAAGUUAGAGUAUAGUGAAUGUUCACAAUUCUUUUCAAUUUCGCAAAACUCAAAGUGAUACUUUACGGUCAUACUUUCAGUGUGGAAAACAAGUAGCAGUUUUCACGAAAUGUUUUUUUACCUUAAAACGCUGUCUUGUUCAGGUUCCCAUAUUCUACUUUGAUUUUAAUUUCUCUCGUGGGGUAUUCACGAUAUCGUAUUGAAGGAAUUAAUUUGUUUUGUACAGACAGCGUGUACGCACACUCACGUCACGUUCUAAAGUAAAACUGCAGUGUCCACAAUUUUCGCAUUUUUUAUAUUGUCACUCAUCAAUUACUCAUUUGGAUAACAGUAUCAGAAAACUAUCCCGAAUAUUUCCAUUUUUCCGUAGAAAUCAUCCUUUUGUCAUCUGCCUCUCUAUUUAGCGAAGAUCAGACUUUAAUGUUCCUCUACUGAUUUACUGGUUGAACGUCGUUUAGUAUUUUCCUAGUGGUUAAUUUAUUAUUAUGGCUCGAGUUUUAAUUUGUCCGUGGCUCGAGUAUAUAUCGUUCUGCGCGAUGUCGCGAGUUCACUCAUGAUCAAAAAAUGAAUGUUCAGUUUUCUUUUUGCAGCUUAAUUUUUAAUGAAUUUAUUCCCGCAAUAUGUUACCAAAUAUCUAUGGCAUUUACUCUUAGGGCUACUUUUUUGUUGGCUUACUAAGUUGUUAUGGUCGUGUGGCUCUCCCUAAUAGCAUUUACUCAGCCGUCGCUCUUAGAUUCUCCUACAAAAAUGUUCCAGAGAUGAGUGAGCUCUGAGCUUUCGAUGAUCAACGAAACGCGAUCGGAAUGUGUACAACGUGUAAUCAUCCUACAUUGUAUGGGUGCAUAAUGUUGAUGCUAUUUCCGUUCCGCAUUUUCUUCAGAACACGCGCGAGUCUAAUACCUGGUUUGCUGCUUACGCUUAAUUUUCUAAUUUGUGUUUUGCAAAAACUCCCUAUAUAUACCUGCACUGUGUUCCCUUGCAAAACCAAGGAAUCUCGAACAAAUUCACCUAUUUAAUUCAGGUUUUUGAUUGCGAUUGAUAUUUUCGUUGGUUUGAUAGUUAAUUAUUUGAUAGCUUUUGAUUUUUUGCUUUUGAACAGCGAGAAAAUGAACGUGGGCAUCACGUUGAGCUGCUGGAAAAUUGCACAUCUUAUCUCAUUAAUGUUGCGGCGUUACAUUCAAUCUGGAAUUUUAUACGCUGAACAAGAGCGCAGUAAAAUUUACUCAAAUUAUUUCCAAUGAGGCGUGUUUAAAAUUCUUUUCGAUUUCUUCAUGACGAAUGAUAUUUGUGCCAUUCUUCCAUGUAUUUCUUCCUUCUGCUAUAAAAUACGGUAUGUACCGGUACCGUAUUCUAUACUUAUUUUGGUUAGGUCAGUUGAAAUUAUUCCUUUGACUUUUAAUUGUGAAAGAGUAAAUAAAAUUUGAUCCAUCGUCACUUUAUCGCGUACAAGAUAAAACAUUCAAAUAACGUAGUUAUUUUAACCCACAUCUCGUUUGAACUGUCAUCUCAUUUUUCACUCGUGGCUUCCAGUCCUGACGGGGUCAUGAGCCUGUAAUGCGACUGGAGGAAUAAUUCCAUACAAAACCAAUUAUCAAAAAGACUUAUCAUGAUAAUAUAUUCAAUCGUUUUACAUGUCUUUACCGAGUUAUUUAUAGUCUACAUGUAGCAGGUACUGAAAAAUAAUUUUCCAAUUAUCCGGCGCAAAUAUGAUCUCUAAAAUGAAAUUAGCUGAACGAACUGCGAUCAUUUCAUAAUAUUUUCUAAAUAAGUUUGUAGCUUGUAAGUUAAUGCGUUCGUUUAGAGAGAAAUCACAUUAUGUUAGCGAGGUAAAGUUGACUAGGUUAUUGCCUAACGCAUUGUCUUACAUGUCUUUAGAGUUGAGCUCGAAUUAUCAACAAUUUUGAAGCUUAAAUAUCUCGUAUAUUAAAAAUGUUCUUCUUUGAGUUGACUACAUUGCUACUUUUGUUUCAAGAUGCAUGCAUCCUCAUUACCUCUUCCUGAAAAUGUCCACUUUUGUGAGGGACUUAAUUCUGAAUGUUGAUGGUGAAUCAGAGCAAAUCGCUACGGCGCAGCGAGUCGGAAUUUCCUGAAGUGUUAGUCGUCUACGUGAAAGGCGGAUUCAACCAAGUUGUGAUCAACGUGAAUGAAAAAAAAUGAACAAUUGCUGGUCAAGUGUAUGCGACAUUGACUCCGUGCAAUCCAGUGACAGACAUCAGAGCGUCUACAGCGCUUCGUGUGUGAAGGGGCGCCUUUUUCCUGUUUAUGAUUGUCGAUAGAAGGCUGGACCUGUUCGAAGGUCUCGUGACUGAAUAUUUGUGCAUUUUUUGGUGAAGUAAUCUUGCCUCGUGUGUAUAGAUUGUAAAUAAUGACAGUAAAGAGCGAUCAAGUUAUUAUAGAUUAAGAUGCGAGGUGUAACGAGCUCAGGUCGUACGACUGUAAGUACCUUCCUCGUAGAUGACGUUGAAAACGUUGAUUACGAGUUGAUUUCGUUGAAAUAACGUUUAAUCAACGUUAUUUUAACGGCAGGUGCCCGGUGGGUAGGUAGCUCGUGCUUUGUUCAACCCACUAUUAUUGUGAUAAGAUCGUCAUCAGUGAAUUUCAUCGAACGGUGGAAAAAUUGUCAGGUUGUCGAACAUUCCCUUCACAUUGCUUUACAAACCAAAAGAUUAGCUUCAUUGCGUUGUUUUUCAUGAUGCUCUUGAAAUUCCACGAAUUUAUUUAGCUCGUCUAUGUUAGUAAGAGUUUCUUGGAGAAAAUUCAUACAAAUUAACAUGUCAAUCCUGCCUAGAAAAAUUACAAUGUAGCGCUUGACGAGCUCAUUUCCGUGACAUCUUUCCACUCGAUGGUGUCAUUUUGACAUAAUUUUUCCCAUAAUGUCUGUUUUGAUAUACCUAUUGAUUAUUUCCUACGGCGUUGAUACUAAAAAACACGAUAUAAUAUACUGUCCAUAUUCGACCAUUAUGUCGCGCCAACCUAAACUUUUUUUUUUAAUUCAAUGAGAGCACCAAUUGCCCAAUUUUGCGCUCUGCCCUUUUUGUGAACUCAAAUUCAAAUUUUUUGACGCCAGGUUGACAUACUCGAAGCGUUGAAACUCUUCGUUGUUCAAUUUUUCUAUGUCUUUGACAUAAAUUAUAACGAUGCCAUCUAAACGAAGUCGUACCAACUGAGCUUAUGAACACCAUUCUUCCUACAGCCGCCGCUUUUCCAUGUACAGAGAAAGUCCCUCCUGACUCGAAACAGCGCUGAGUGUUGACUAGAAAUGUGUAAAUAUUAGAGUGUGUGCGCGAGCUUCUGUCACUCUUUCUAAUACGAUUAGUAUCGUCAUCAUCAUGCUCUGGCUUUUUGACUUGAGACGCUGUAGUUCUCCUCAAUAGAGUAUACCCUUUUAUUGGACUGCCGUAAAUGUCUCCGCAAGAGUACUUGCUGUUGAUGUUAUCUAGUGGGAAAGCUUAGUGGGUAAGGUUAUGAAGUUGUUUGAUCUAGCGCCUGCUUCCAUUCUUCUGUCGCUCACUUUGCGAUUCGCCCCGAAAUUGCAUUCUCAUUUCCUUCAUUUAAGAAGAAACCUAACUACCUUUCGUUUCUCGAUAUAAUUAUCAAAAGGCGCCUCGGUUACGGAUUAUGCGCUCGAAAUCACUUAUUUUUGAGCCCUAAUUAGGGUUCACUGGUAAGCUUUAUCAUUGGUAAUUAGAUGAGCGUUCUGGGCCUGAAAUAAUUUAAAAGUUUCUAACGCUCAACUCAACAGCGUAUCUAUGCAGUGCGCCGUCGAAUACUCGUUUAUUUUUAUCUAUGUCGCUGCUCAGCGAUAUCUGAGAUGGCGAAACUCAAUGACAAAGUACGGACAUUUCGAUGAGGUUAGUGCAAAAUUUAAUCUUGAAAUAUCAGCAAAUUUAUUGACUCCUUUCCUCAGAUUCUGGCUAAGUAUAUCGUUAAACUAAUAUUGAUUGUUUGCACUCGUGAUUCGACAUGUGAUCGGAGCUUAAGCUCGUUACACUAGUGAAGGCAUUUUUAUUAAUAUUGAUGCAAGAAUAAUUUCUUGGUGUAUUAACUUCUGUGUAAGAGUCGAGAGGUAACCGGUAUUUACAUUACGAAGAGAAAGAUUUCUGCUCCAGUUAACUUCUAAAUACUUUCCUCACAAAUAAGUUCUCUGUCCCUUAUAUCCACCAGUAAAUUGAGUAUGGAAAUAGAGCGGUAAAUUUCAUCUCAGAAAUAGAAUGAAAAGGAAUAUCUGCGUAAACGUUCUACAUAUUACUUUUGUUCUAAAAGUAAACCGUUUUCUACAGGUAUCAGAGUUCUACUGAUCUGAACAAACGCGUGUGUUCAUAAUUUCUCUCUGGAAAUAUUGCGACCGUGAACGUGAUGCUCGAUUUUUCAGAGGUAACUGUAAUUUACAGUGCAUACCCCUGGAUUCUGCAAUAAAAAAUGUCGAUUCAAUUUUUUACUCUGAAGACCAGGCUACCAAAAAUGAUUUUUACUCUGUUAGGUUCAUUUUUAUAUCAGCGCUUAUCAGCCACAAAUGCUGAACGGGCAACGGAGUUAGUCACCGUCAUUCUGACGAUCACUUCAUCACUUCACAUGGCGCGAUUACAAAGAAUUUUUUCCAAUUUUGUCUGUUUUCAUUGCUUCAGUUGAUCACAUUAUUUAUUAUACGGGCAUUUGCUGCUUUUCUAUUUUGCAUGUAGGCCACUUAAAAACACUGUUCUUCAUUUAUGUUGUGACCUAAUCUCAUCGAUGUGAUUAGAAAGACUUGAUGCAGGCACCCACGUGCCAACAUGGAGAUUAACUUUCGCCAAUACUGAAUAAUUGUAGCGUCAAAUUAAGUGCAGUAACAUUGUUAUACAAUAUCAUAUUUCCAACCUGGUAGUGGCAAAAUUUUCUCCCCUAGUUAUAUUUGUACGGGCAGAAAUUCUUACUUGUCGCAUUUCAUCGGUCCGACCUCACAGUGAAUGUUAUUACAAGGCGGAUCAUUGGAAAAAACACUUAUGUUCUGUAAUAAAAAAUGUGUUUUUAAAA